CCAGCGGGCAAGGUAGGAUCGAUAUGGCUGUCCCCGGCAUGGCCACUGGGGCGGGGGUUGGGGCUGCGGUCGCCUGCGCGGCCGUUGUCGCGCUGCUUUCGGCAGUGCUCGCGCUCUACGGGCCACCGCUGGACGCAGUUUUAGAAAGAGCAUUUUCACUGAAUAAAGCAUGUUCGAUAAAGGAUAUGAAGAAUACUUUUCAGUUGGUGAGAAAUAUUAUACCUCCUCUAACUACCAAGAAGCACAAAGGCCAAGAUGGAAGAAUAGGCAUAGUUGGAGGCUGCCAAGAGUACACUGGAGCCCCCUAUUUUGCAGCCAUCUCAGCUCUCAAAGUGGGCGCAGACUUAUCCCACGUGUUCUGCACCCAGGAGGCCGCGCCUGUGAUCAAGUCCUACAGCCCGGAGCUGAUUGUCCACCCGGUUCUGUGAGUGGCCCCGGGGCUCUGCGUGCAGUAGUUCUCCCCGUCACGGGCGUUCUCACGCUGACUCUCUCAGAGCCUCUGUUAAGUAGCUGCUGUGCGGGGGUUGGUAGUGACAGCCCUGACGCUGUUCAGGACGUGGAGAAGUGGUUGCCCCGACUGCAUGCCCUGGUCGUGGGGCCUGGCCUCGGCAGAGACGACGGCCUUCUCAGAAACGUCAAGGGCAUUUUAGAAGCGUCGAAGGCCAGAGAUGUCCCCGUCGUCAUCGAUGCAGAUGGGCUGUGGCUGAUCGCUGAGCAGCCGGCGCUGAUCCAGGGCUAUCAGAAGGCUGUCCUCACGCCCAACCACGCGGAGUUCAGGAGACUCUCGGAAGCCGUGCUGAGAGACCCCUUGGACAGCAGUGAUCCCCACGGAGCUGUGCUGAGGCUCAGCCAGGCCCUGGGGAAUGUGACCGUGGUCCGGAAAGGGGAGCGGGAUGUGAUCUCUGAUGGCAGACAGGUGCUCGAGUGCAGCCAGGAAGGCAGCAGCCGCAGGUGUGGAGGGCAAGGAGACCUCCUGUCAGGCUCCCUGGGAGUCCUGGUGCACUGGGCACUCCUCGCUGGACCCGAGAAGACAGAUGGUUUCAGCCCUCUCCUCGUGGCUGCCUUCGGCGCGUGCUCUCUCACAAGGCAGUGCAGCCACCAGGCCUUCCAGAAGCACGGCCGCUCCACCACCACCACUGACAUGGUUGCAGAGGUCGGACCCGCAUUCGCCAGGCUCUUUGAAAGCUGACUGGUGCAGAUGGAGGGACGUGGGUACACGACGGGGAGGUGGUGUUCGUCCUGGGAAAAUCCACAUCCAGCACACCUGUCCUCUGGGUACACAGCGGCGCAGCUGCUCGGGAGGGGUCUAAGUCUAGGUUGCACGGGUUCAUGUAGAAAUCUCAGCGUUGGAAAGUGACGGUUUUUGGCUAAACUAAUAUGUAGUUGGAGAUGUUUUAUUCCUGAACCUUUCUUAGCCUCUCGACAAUAACUAAGAACAAACGAAGGGAAUCGCAUGAGCUGCUGAAAGUCUGUCUCGUUGUCAGCUGCAUGGGCGGGCUUGCUCCGGGAGCACCGAGUUCUGUGUGAAUCUCCCUCAGCUUGCUUCUCAUCCUCUCUGCUGUCGUGCUUCCUACUCUUUUAUUUACGCAAAAAGUUCCCAAUUGAUUAGUGGUUCCUCUCAAAGGGAUCUGUCAGUGGUUUUCAAAUAUCUACUGUAUCUACUGUGAAUGAGUUUUGCUUUUUUUUAACUGAGACCCCCCCCCAAAGGAUGUAGUAAUCGUUCUUCAACUCAUUUUUGGUUUGUAAACAGUUAGGUUGAAAACGUUUGAGCAGAAAUACUAAACGUUGGUUAAUUGGUUGGAGUACUUCAGAAUAAUCCAGGUUGACGUUGGAAAUCUUUGGGAGGCACCAUGGGAAAGUUGGACAAGGAAACCUGAUGGGACACUGACAGCUGAAUGCUGGGUGGCGGCUCUGAAACGCUCCUGUCUCACGCUCCCUCUUCCAUGUCUGUCCCCCCAAGCCCGGGUGCUGGCUGACAUGCCCAGCAGAGCCGCAGGAGGGGGAGGGACGCCGAGAGUGUCGUGCUGCCUUGUUCCUGACAGGGCCCACCGGCGCGCACUCUCGGGAGCAAGCAGACAUGCUGGACGCAAGGAGGGCGUGCGCACUGGGUCUGGUGGGAGAUGGCACCAAGGAGGCUCCGGGGACUGAACAUUGUCAUCACGUCUGCUCUGCUUCUGGAGCAGGACCUCAGGUCCCCUGGUUUGGAAGUGGGUGUGUCCUCAGGAAGACUUAGAUGCCAUUCAAGAAGGCGGUGCCUCUGCAGUUGUAAAUAAGUCGUCUGUCUCGCUAGCCUCUGGGUAGCUUUUAUUGGGCGGUUGUCUCAGUGGCCCGAGAGCUGCUUGUUUUCUCUGGCCACCUCUCGCCGGGCUGUGGCUUCUAACUCGUGCAUUUAAGUGGACUCUCAUCUGUUUCAUGCCUUCCAUGGGGCAAGACCUGCCCGGUGCCUCUGAGAGUCUCUCUGCCCCUCACCAUCACUCUUGGGUGAUACUGCGAUUCGAACCCCUCACCCCAAAUGGCACUAUUUUCUGUAAAACCAGUCAUGAACUUUUAAGAUUUAUUAAAAUAUGUUUGCCACUGUUAUUUCACAUCUAACUGUAGAAGCUUCGCUAUCUAUAUGUGAACUUCUCCGGAAAAACUGUCGUGGACAUUUUUUCCUUUGGGGAAUUACAUCUAAAUCUUGGUAACCAUUAAAAGGACUAUCUGAUUUAUUUCAA